AUGGCCGACCCUAGCUCUCCCAACCUUACCUACAACAAUCCCGCCUUCUCCAAGCUCCAUGAGCGUCGUGGUUCUACCCGCCGGAGCUUCACCUGCUCCUUCUCCGCUCCCAAGAUAGAGUCACGCACCCUCUGCCCUCGCGAUGGUGACGCCUUCAGCUACGACAGCGCUCACCUCCCGGCCUGGUACAUUGCCGAAGACCUCUGGGAGCGCCUUCCCUCGAACAUCCAGACCACGCUCGCCUCCUUGCAACAAGCGGGUGCUGCGGUGCUGACUGGCUAUGGACGACUCGAGGCACAUACGUCAGCGCAAGACACUGCUCGCGCACAUACCAAGUUCGAAGACGAUGAGUUGAUUGCUAAGCUCGACGCUCUGCCACCCCCUAAGAUGCGUACCAUCAGCAAUGCUAGCAGCGUGAUCCAGUCCGACGUCAACUCACCGGUCUUUACUGAGACUUCGGUCUCUGACGUUGGCUCUCCUUCCAUGGCUUCCUCGCAGAGCACGAACCCUGUUUCGCCUAUCUGCCUUGACCCUUCGGACACCCCGCCCGCAGAGAAGUGCGACCGUUCUCGCGAUGGGUCGUUCAUCACUCCAAUCGAGCCGCAAGAUCAAGGCUAUGUGCUCGAGAUUUCCUACUUGCGCACUGAGGCCCUUCCCCGACUCAAGCACAACGGCCGCAAGCUUGACUUGGAGUGGCGCGAAGCCAAGCGUACCAAUGAGAUCACCCAUCACAUCUCCGAUGAUGACAUUGCGGCAUUCGAGGAGUGGUGGGCUGAGAAGAAGAUCAAGAUCGACAAGCUUUACGAGCGUGGUAACCACCUCAGCAGCGACCUGAACCUGUCACCCAACGGCUUGGGCUGGGCGGCGCCGUAG